UCGGCGGCGCUCGAGCGUCUCUUGCACGUUUAUGGCGAUAGGAAACUGGAUCUCCUGAGGGAGGAAAAAAAACCAGUGACACUCCCAAAAUGCUGUCAUUAGGCCCGAAUUCAAGGAGAUAAGACGUGUCUCGGACUGGCUUUUGAUAAAAUAAUCCUUCGUGUGUGUUUUAUAUGUCUAUGUAUAUUGUGCGUGUGAAAAAACAACAAAAAACUGUUUUGGGGAACAUGGAAGCCGCGUUGGUUCGCGAUCUCCAGAGAGAGCGCUCGCCUGUUUCGAGGUGUAAAAGCGUGAAAGUGAACGGCUGCGGCAGUACCGUGAGCGCCGAGGAGGUGCAGCGACUGGAUUCCUGCAGGGAAGGCGGAGGUGGGUGCAGCGGAUCAGGGCAAAUUCCGCUGCCUUCCAGCGCCGCGGCCACCUUGCACCCUCAGCCCAAGCCUGGUAACCGUAGCUGGAACAACAACUCCAACUCGCUGCUGUCCAGGAGGAGACUGAGGAGGAACCUCUCGGCCACCGCUGCCGCCUCUUCCUCCGGUCACGGCCGCAGCUUGGACCGCAGGAAGAUGCCGGGCACCAAGCUGACUGCGGCCGACCGGGAAUGGGUCCGAGCCGAUGUGCAGAGGGGCUGCCUGCAUCUCUACGAUAGGCACAUGUCCUCCUACCUGAGACCUGUCAUCUGCACCCUGGACACCACCGCGGCCGAGGUCGCCGCCAAGUUGCUGCAUCCUGGUCGCACAGGGGCAGGGUGUAUACCAAAGGCAAAUGGUGUGGGCAUGACCAGCUUGACCCCUGUGCACAACGCUGGCGGUGCCAGAUCGGGGACAUCAAGGAGCACCGGUGCCAGGCCAGGACGGGGCUCUUUGGUCACGUCGGGACAAACCGAGACAUCGAACAUCAGAUCGUCAGACAUUGCUGCUCACGGAAAACCGGGAUUGUCACUAGUCACUGCUGGCCAACACUUAAAUAUCGAUAUUGUCCGUAAUGAGAAAGCUAAUACUACCCUUGCCAGGUUAGGGACGCCACUGGAUAAUCAGAAUACCACACAAAAGGAAGUAAAUAUAACGAGUGGCACACAGGUGUACUUAGCACCAGCCACUGCCAAAGACGGACCAAAAUCUGAUACUGAAAUUUACAGGCUUCGAUCUUCAUUGAAUAAUAAUACCAAUCAACUGAAAUCGUCAAACCAUUGUUUCAAAUUGAUGGCUUUGGAAAAUGCUGCGAGGCCAUCGCUGAAAAGCACCAAGGUGCAUUAUGAAAAUGUAAAUAGUGAUACCAUAAAUGACACUGUGGUCAAGGUAGAAAGUGUGGACAGACCUGAGUUGAGGAGUGAUUCCCUUACUGGUGAAGGUCGGCUGAAGUCUUCAAUUCCUGACACUUUGGGAAUGCAGGUUACUGAUGGUUUGCUCACAUCAAUGGUUUAUGUUCAACUUCAUGGCGAAACUACCAGAAGGCUGGAGCCACAUGAAAACCCCCUUGAAAUACAAAAUGAGUACCUCUUUAAACUGGGGUUCAAAGAUCCAAGUAGGGUGCAGGAGGAGGGAAUGGACGUUGAAAUUGGCUGUCUGAUUCGAUUUUAUGCAGGGAAACCAUAUAGUAUUGACCACUUAGAGCGGAUCCAGCUGAGUGGGUUGUUCGAUGUUCGGAAAGGGAAGAUGCACCUUCAUAAGUGGACCAAGCGUCAAGUUAUCUUGUGUGGUACCUGCUUAAUUGUUUCAUCUGUGAAAGAUAGCCAGUCUGGAAAAAUGCACGUUCUACCUUUAAUUGGCGGAAAGGUGGAAGAAGUGAAAAAACACCAAUACUGUUUGGCCUUCACCUCGUCAGGACCACAGAGUCAGACCUACUACGUUAGCUUUGAUACUUUCCCAGAGUAUUUGCGCUGGCUUCGGCAGGCUUCAAAGAUCAUGUCCCAGAGAAUUGGAUCAGUGGAUUUAUCAUGUUGUAGCUUGGAAAAUCUUCCAAGUAACCUUUUCUAUAGCCAGGAUCUGACUCACCUGAACCUCAAACAGAAUUUCCUCAAACAGAAUUUGGGGCCUGGAACAAAUGGUGGUUUGAAUGAUCUUCAAAGGUUCAUGAAGCUGAAAAGUUUAAACCUGUCUAAUAAUCAUAUGGGAGAAUUUCCACUUGCCAUUUGUGAUAUACCAACCCUUUCUGAAGUCAAUCUUUCCUGCAAUGCUCUACGAUUUAUCCCUUCAGCAGUUAGCAACAUGGAUAACUUACAGAUAUUUUUACUGGAUGGCAACUGUCUUGGUUCUCUCCCACUGGAGCUGGGGAAUCUGUUGCAACUGAGCUACCUGAGCCUUUCCUUCAAUGAAUUCAGAAGCAUUCCUGUGGUUUUGGAGAGUCUGAAAGCUGUGGAAAAACUUUGUAUGUCAGGCAACUACAUCGAGACAUUGUGCUUGCAAAGUUUGAGCAGAAUGCCUCAUAUCAAACAAGUGGAUUUAAGACUCAAUUGUAUCACCAAGUUGGAUGUAGCAAAUGUGGAUUUCUUGCAACACAUUACUCAUCUAGACCUGCGCGAUAAUAAACUGACUGUUCUUGAUGCCACUGUAUUUGAGAACAUUGAGGUUUUACACUGUGAACGAAACUACCUAACCAGUCUCAAAGUCAGUGGAUAUUUCCUGAAGAAUCUUUGUGCUGCAACCAAUGAGCUUGUAUACAUUGAUGCCUAUCCAGUACCUAACAAUCUCACUCUUAUGGAUCUGUCAAGAAACAGACUGGACAGUUUACCUGAAUGGGUGUGUGAAGGUAAAAAGCUGGAGAUCUUGGACAUCAGCCAUAAUCAAAUUUGUGAACUGCCUGCAAAGUUGUUCUGCAAUAGUAAUUUACGCAAACUGCUGGCAGGUCACAAUCAGCUGCAGAGACUUCCUGAACGAUUUGAACGCACACAAGCAGAGGUUCUUGACAUCCAGCACAACCACCUAAUUGAGUUGCCCAUGAAUCUUUUCCUAAAAGCUGACUGUUUACGAUGUCUGAAUGCUUCAGCGAAUAAACUCGAGAUACUUCCGCCCUCCUGUGUGUCUGAAGAAAGCAACAGUGUAUUACAGGAGCUCUACCUAACCAAUAAUUAUCUCACAGAUAAAUGUGUACCCUUGCUUACUGGUCACUCUUGUCUUAAGAUCCUACAUCUUGCUUACAACCGACUCCAGAGUUUUCCAGCCAGUAAAAUGGCAAAACUCGAAGAACUGGAAGAAAUUGAUCUAAGUGGGAACAAACUGAAAACCAUUCCGACUACCAUUACGAAUUGCAAGCAGAUGCACACUGUCAUUGCACAUUCUAACUGUAUUGAAGUCUUCCCUGAAGUGAUGCAACUCUCUGAGAUUAAGUGUGUUGACCUGAGCUGUAAUGAGUUGACCGAGAUCACGUUGCCUGAAAAUCUGCCACCGAAACUGCAAGAACUAGACCUGACUGGAAACCCCAGGCUGGUCCUGGAUCACAAAACUUUGGAGCUGCUGAAUAAUAUGCGUUGCUUCAAGAUAGAUCAGCCCUCCACAUCUUUUACUGUUGGUGAGGCUUCUGGUACACCAGCUGUGUGGAGUCACGGUUAUGUAGAAGCUUCUGGAAUGAAAAACAGGCUAUGUGUAGCUGCCUUGUCGGUGAAUAAUUUUUGUGAUAACAGAGAGGCUCUCUAUGGUGUAUUUGAUGGUGACAGGAAUGUAGAAGUCCCCUACCUCCUGCAGUGCACCAUGAGUGAUGUUUUGGCAGAGGAACUGCAGAAAUCGAAGAAUGAUGAGGAAUACAUGACUAACACUUUCCUAGUCAUGCAGAGGAAACUUGGAACUGCUGGACAGAAGCUUGGAGGCUCCGCUGUGCUUUGUCACAUAAAGCAUGACCCAAUGGAUCCUUCUGGUUGCUUUACAUUGACUGCAGCCAAUGUGGGAAAGUGCCAAGCUGUCCUCUGCAGAGAUGGCAAACCAUUGCCUCUCUCAAAGCUAUACACUGUUCGUUGCAAUGAAGAAUUGGAGAGAGUUAAACAAUACAAAGCUAUUGUCACCGAGGACAAUAAGGUUAAUGGGGUGACUGAUUCUACAAGGAUUUUGGGCUACACAUUCCUCCAUCCGUACGUUGUGCCUCGACCUCAUGUUCAGUCUGUUAUACUCACACCUCAAGAUGAGUUCUUCAUUUUGGGUAGUAAAGGCCUCUGGGACAGCAUCUCCCAUUUGGAAGCUGUGGAAUCUGUGAGAAAUGUCCCUGACGCUCAAGCUGCUGCCAAGAAGCUUUGUACCCUGGCCCAGAGCUAUGGAUUCAAUGACAGCAUCAGUGCUGUGGUUGUCCAGCUGAACGUUAGCGAGGAUUGCUUCUGCUGUUGUGACAUGAGUGGUGUACCCCCUUCCAGCCCAGGCAUUUUUCCUCCAUCAGUAACUGUAGUAAUAAAAGACAGGCCGGCUGAUACCUUGGGGAUGCCAUCAUCUAGUAGUGGCGUUGCCUCAGAGAUAAGCAGUGAAAUAUCCACUUCAGAGAUGAGCAGUGAAGUGGGUUCAACGGCCUCUGAUGAACCUCCUCUGGUCACAAUGAAUGAUGGAGGCCCCUUGAUCCAUAGCGAGCAGCGUUGUAUGCUGCACCCAGUAUGCUUGACCAGCUCAUUCCAGCGGCAGCUGUCCAGUGCCACCUUCUCCAGCACGUUUUCAGAUAAUGGAUUGGACAGUGAAGAUGAAGAGCCUAUUGAAGGAGUGUUUUCCAAUGGCAGCAGAGUGGAAGUUGAGGUUGAUAUUCAUUGUAGUCAGGUGAAGGAAAAGAUGUCAGUGCAUUUAACUUCUGAUGCAUGUGAUGAAGGAAUAGUAAUCAGCGCAAAUGAAGAUGAAAACUCUGAAAAAAUGCAACUUCUUAAAAUUCACAGUGAAAAUGACUGGCUGGACAAUGACAAUAGUAAGUUUGAAUACUCCACAACAGGGACAAUUGGUCGAAAGCGUGGAAAUGGUUCUGUUGCACCUUCGGAGAAGAGCCACAACUUGAUUGAGGUGGCAGCUGACGUACCGAUGAAAAAGAGUGGAGGCUAUUUUGCAGCCCCUCCACAGCCUGAUCCAGAUGAUCAAUUCAUCAUUCCUCCAGAAUUAGAGGAAGAAGUAAAGGAGAUUAUGAAGCAACACCAGGAACAACAGCAACGCCAGUAUCAACUUGACCAGCUCUCAGAUUGCUAUGAUACACCUCUAUGACCAGGAAGAAAACAUUUAGUUUUAAUAAAUUUGAGCCUUCUACGCUCUUUUUACUUAUAAAUUGAAACUGUUCAGUUGAGAUAUUUUUCUCACUUUCUAAGCCCCCUCUGCCAGUUACACUCAGAUGUGCAGCCAUUUUUUAAAAAAUCCUCAUUAGUUGGUUCUUUUGUGAUUAAUUAAGAUAUAAAAACAGAUUAACAAAUUUUCAUAUAGCACAUUGUUUGUACAAGAUGAGGACACGUUUAGUAUAUUGCAGGCCGUCAUUAUUUGUAAACUGUUGAGUGUUUGUUUUAAAAACAAGCCUAAGUAUUAUGAAUUAAUAAUUCUAGAUAAUGCUAUAAAUGUAUUUCUAAAAUCAUGGCUUUUUAAAGUGAAAGUCAUAGAAAUUUGUAGACUUUAAAGACUAACUCCUAGGAGUUGCAAACUCAUUAAUGUGACAUAGUCACUGAGAUUUUACUAAUCUUCUCUGAGAGAACAGCUGAUUCACAAAUUAUUUGUAAAUAGUUUAAAAUGUUGUAUAGUGAUGCAAAAAAAAUUUACACCAUCAGAGUCUUGUAUCGGGAAAAGAAUAAAGCAAAGAGGACUUCUGUUUAAAAACAAAAUUCAUCCUCUCAAUAUAAUGAGGUAAUGAGUGACUGACUGACUGACUGGAUUUUGGUGUAAUUACUACCUGCCAUGCUUUGUCUUUCAGGAUCGCUUUUUGUUCUUUCAGUUGGCCUGUUUUCACAGUUGAGUUCCUGUUCUUCCAUGUCUUCUGCUGCUCACCAGCAGUGUCCUGAUGUUGCAAGGAAAACAAAUGAUUUCCAAAGCACUCUUGAAUUGAUAUGUUAAUACACUUUUGUUUAAAA